UCUCCCUCUGAGCUUUCUAUCCGUUCACCGAACCUAUUUUUGGCGCUCUCUCAUGGCCUCCGUCGCCGCCAUCGGAUCCAUCCUCGUCCCUAACCCUAGGCCCCCACCCAGGGCUCCGAUCUCAGCCUCAGUCGCCCCUCAAAUCAAGCCGUCGGCGCCAAAACCCUCAGUUCCCAGGAGGAACAUCAUUGCAUCUCUGGUUUCAAGCUUUAUCUUUUCGCAGCUGAGUUCUCAUGAAGCUGUCUUAGCUGAACUCUCAGUUGGAUUUAGGGAGCAUAUAGAUAUUUUCGAUGGCUACUCCUUUUUGUAUCCAAAGAACUGGAUCCAAGUUAAAGGAGCUGGUGCAGAUAUAUUUUUCAGGGAUCCUUUUGUCCUUGAUGAGAACAUAUCAGUAGAGUUAUCUUCUCCGUCAUCCUCUAGAUUUAAAAGCGUGGAAGAUCUGGGGCCUCCACAAGCAGCUGCAGAGAAGGUGCUCAAACAAUAUUUGACUGAGUUCAUGUCUACGAGACUUGGAGUUCGCCGUGAGUCUAACAUUCUAACUUCGUCAUCAAGGGUCGCUGAUGAUGGGAAGCUCUACUAUCAAGUUGAGGUGAAUAUUAAGUCAUACGCAAAUAACAACGAGCUGGCUGUCAUGCCGCAGGACAGAAUUCCUCGUCUUGAGUGGGACAGGCGAUAUCUAUCCGUUCUCGGUGUUGGAAACAACCGACUGUAUGAGUUGAGGUUGCAAACACCUGAGGAUGUUUUCUUGGAGGAGGAAAAGGAGCUGAGACGGAUUAUGGACUCUUUCAGAGUGCUUGAAUCGGUUAAUUGAUGAGGUUCCUACCAUCAUUUUUCUCGGUCCAACUUCUUUCUGUUAAAAAUUUAGGCGAUCCAUCAUCUUUGUUCGAAUUGUUGUCGAGCUUUUUUUGAGUUGGAAUAUUUGAACAUCUUGAUCAGUUGAUUAUUUUCAAACAGGGAGUGUAAAUUUUAUGCUUAGAUCAUUGAUCAGCUUUAAACUUUGUAUCAUAA